AUGUCUCUCUUUACUGAUUUUGAUUUAUUACUGAAAAUAGUGGAAGAAAGUGAGGACUCUGUUACAAGUGGAAGCCAACAAGUUUCUCUUACAGGUGGACCAACACUUCCGAUUCUCCAGAAAAUUAUUGAUUUAAGUAGCAAAAUCAAGGUCUUGAAGGAUGAGCAUACGUUGGUGUCCAACCAAGUCAAAGAAAUCAAGACUUGUUCCUUUGUAGCACCGGAAAUGUCAAAGGCUCUCCAUAUUCUGAGUCAGCCUCUAAACCAAGCUGAUCUAGCUAAUGGUUAUGCUUCUGUAGUUGAGUUUGAUGCUUCACAUGAAAAUGAGCUUCAACUGCUUUCAACCUAUUCCUCCAAGAAGCAUUUUAAGUUUGACCAUGUAUUUAAGCCUGGGGAUGGCCAAGAGACUAUUUUUGCACAGACAAAACCUAUAGUUACUUUUGUGAUGGAUGGUUACAACGUCUGCAUUUUUGCCUAUGGCCAAACUGGAACCGGGAAGACAUUUACCAUGGAGGGAACACCAGAUAAUAGAGGAGUGAACUACAUGACAAUAGAAGAACUGUUUCGCUCUUUAGAAAGUAGAAGUCGUCUCAUGAAAUUUGAGCUGUGUGUUAGCAUGUUGGAGGUUUAA